AUGUACCAACUGCACCCUCAUCAGCCUGUCAUAAUCUAUAGUCAAUCCAACCUCUCCUCCACCAACCUUGCCGCCCGCGUCGACGCCGUGGCAGAGGCACUUUUCAAAGCCGGCUGUGUGCCAGGCAACCACGUAGCUGUUCUAUGCGAGCCCUCGGCAGACAUAAUCGUUGCCAUGCUCGCCGUCCUCAAGACCGGUUGUGUCUAUGUAACCCUUGAUACGAGCCUGCCCAAUGCUCGUCACGCAGCCAUGGUUCAUAUGUGCGGGCCUGUCUUGUUGCUGUUCCACGCUGCCACAGAGAAGAAUGUUUUUAAGCUGAGUGUCGAGUCGACUGCAACGCUUCAGCAGAUGAGUCUAACUGCUAUUGCGGAUUCUGGCCUUGGUGCCAAGGAUGAACCUCCGCUGCGCCUGGAUGAUGCAGAUGCACCUGCUGUUCUGCUCUUCACGUCCGGGUCGACUGGCAAGCCAAAGGGUGUUGUUCUGACACAGGGCAACUUCACAAACCAUCUGGCACUGAAGACCCAUUUGCUAUCCCUCGGUCGAGAGCGCGUUCUCCAGCACAGCCCCCUCGGCUUCGGCAUGUCCAUUAUCAAAGUCUUCUGCGCGCUUGCCAACGGCGGAGCUCGGGUAGCUGCCCCUCGCAACAUGCGCCGGGAUCUCGUGGCACUAACGGACCUAGUAGUUGAGCACCGCGUUUCGCUAAUCCUUGCCACGCCGUCAGAGUACUUUGCCUGGUGA